AUGCCUCUCCGUUACCUACUCCUAUUCUCCGCAGGAGAAGAUGACUUUCACGGCAACAUUCCUCUUUGCGGGUUCAACCAAGCUGGGCCACCCUUCGCCCCGAGACCGAGAGCAGAUCGACAAUGGUGUCCAAUUGCGCGAGGUACUUGCCGGUCUUGGUCUUGAUGACGAAGACGAAGAGGAGGGCGAAGACCGCGGCGAGGAGGAUGAAGAUGACGAGGAGGACGAAGAGAAUGGUGGUGGUGAAGGUAAGCGUCUUCGGCUCUCUCUCACGUGUUCCAUUCUGUUUGAGACGCAAACACAGACUGACAUAGAAUGUUUGAAUAUCUAUGACGAAGGUCAUGCAAAAGCGGUCGAGGUGGAUCGACCCGUCUGGUUCCCAAUUCUUUGCGUACUACUUACUCGCAUGA